AUGGUCAUCGUCGUACAGUCGGAAGAAUUUCUCACCAGCUGCCCUCCUAACCUGCCUCCAAGAAACCGAGCCGUUGCCGUCUGUGGGAUUGCAGAUGUGAAUGAUGCUGCCCGUCCUGGCGACGACGGCUGGUUCGUAUCAGACUUCUACCUGUUCAGACACCUUCUGUCAUCUCGAGUGACAUACAGACUCGGUGCGAUGCAUGAAGCCGACUACUAUCGCCGGCAGAUGGGGAUCGAUGACCCCUCAGUCUUAAGUUGA